CGAGAAUGUCUGCCGGCAGUCGCGACACGACACGACACCUGACAAGACAGCCUGACACCAGCCUGCCGGUGCUUGUCCUUGCCCAUCACGCGCUGGCCAAUUUGGCGGGGCGGAUCAAAGCACACACUGGAAGCUCAUUCAAUGCCGACUUGGAACCCAUCGCCUCUAGUCGCCUCUGGGGGAAAAAGUAAACAAACACAAGCACAAGCGCGGCCCAGCCACCUUGGUUCGGUCCAUUGACCAACCUUGUGCAGUGGAAAGCAUCCUUCCUGCUCGACGACACGACAAGUCCUGCCCGACGAGUCCUGCCCGACGAGUCCUGCCCGACAAGUCUCCAGACCUUUCUGCCCAUGCCGCCCACACAACCAGCCCCAUACGCGUCAAUCUCACCACGGCCGUCAGGAUGGCGCCCACCCCACAGAGCCGCUUCCUGGAGGGCUCCAUGAACGACCGUGCCAGCAAUGCCCCGCCACCCGAUUUCCUCGGCCUCGAUGCCGAUGCCACCGCCGAGUAUGAGCGCCAGUUUGCCCUGGACUGGCAGCCUCCGGACCUGGGCCUCCGCCACCAGGGCACCCGCAACAGCUUCAUGAGCGUCAACUCGGCCCUGUCCUCGGCCACCACCACCCGCAGGCAGAAUGGCCCCUCCUUUUUCGCACCGUUAUGGGGCGGGGUCAAGGAGAGGCUGAGCCUGAAUCGAUCCAAGUCAUCCAACAACGUUCACGACCGUGAUGGGGACAGCACUGGCCACGGCCACUUCAUACCACCCACCUUCAAGCAUCAGAGGUCCGAAAGCGUCAAUGUUGCCAGGCCUCCGCGCCAUGCCGACCCAGACUCGCCCACUGCCAGCGGCGACGGCACAAGGCUGAAGAAGUUUCCUAGCGCCGCCGCCAUUCCUGGAGUCAGCAUGCCUCUGCCCAGCCCGCCCGCCUUCGAUCCCACCAAGCGACCAACUCCCGACGAGAUUGCUGCAAACUACCAGAGUCUCUUAGCGAGUGGCUUCUUCGGCAACCGUACCAUCCAGUCCACGAGGUUCGCACGGCCUGGUCAGGUGCAGAAUCCCUCGGGCAUGCCCACUGGCGACUCUUUCACGCCGCCUGACGCCGAGGGCGACCAACCAGAACACCACCAGGCCGCAUCCGCACUCCCUCCGCCCGAACGACAACCUCCGCCGCCGCCGCCAAACCGGGCAGCGCCACCACCUCCUCCUGUCGAGUCAAUGGACUCCUCGACAACGCCUUCCUUGUCUGCAAGUGUACUGUCGAGCCCGCCCGUCAUGUUCCAGGCCGGCCCCAGGGACCAGCAGCAAGCAUCGCGGGAUAUGCCCCCACCUCCAUCGCCGCCGAAGCAGCGGAGGCCGGGCCAUAAGCCCUCCCUAUCUUUCUCGUCAGUGCCGUACGACUCCAUACGUGCCGCCAACGAGCCUUCCGUGUCUCGUCCCUUCCGGCCCCCGCCAGUGUCACUUGCUAGGUUCUCGUUAGACUCUGGACGCAGGAGCUUUGACUUCCGGCGGGGCAACGACUCCAGUCGUGGCAUCAAGCGGCCUUUCACGGCCACAAACGACUCCGAAAUGUCACUCGACAGGCCGUCUUACGACAUCAUCAACGGUGACGGGAGUGGGUCCAUGGUCACUGCCUCGGACGACGGCGGUCACGAGAGCGGCGCGCGCAAGCUGGUCAAGAAGUUGCGCAAGUCUGCCAGUCGGAUUUCAAUGGACCUCGGUAAGACCAUCUCGCGGCCAGCCUCGUCGAAUUUCGACGCAGUCGACGGCGACGUUGAGAUUACAGACUCAUCGUCCUCGCUUCCACGCAAAUCUAUGUCAUCAUCAAUCCGCCGAUCUUUCAGCUGGCGUCUAGGACGAUCAGCCCCGGACAACAAGGAUGACGACAGGCACGGAGAUUUCACCGCAAAUGGAGACAACACGGACAACGCCGUCGAAGCGCCCGCCGCGCCGUCUUUCCAAAACGAACGCUUCAUACCACCGUCCCUGUCGGUGAUCAUGGACGCCCCCGAGAGCCCAGAGCGGAACAAGCUCAAGAAGAAGGACAUCCGCGGCCGCCGCCUGCGUCGGCAGGAAGCCAGCAACAGGUCAUUCCCCACACCGCCUCACAAUCAGGGCCUAUCGUCCUUCCUCUUGCCGCCAGGCGAUGGCGACGUGGCCAUGACGAUGGAUUGGCAGAGCACGCGGCACUCGGACAGGAGCAAGAGCCGGAGCCGGAGCAGACCCAGGCGGUCGGAGCUAUCGGUGAUGAUGAUGCAGUCGCAAUCCCAACCGCAGCACCAAGUUCAGCCACAACAAUCGCAGUCGCGCCCCGGUACCGCACACAGCACCGAGAGCUCGUUCAGCUUCACUACGAGCAGCGCGGCCGCCUCGUUCGAGCCUCGCCGCAGCGCCGAGGUGGCGGGCGCAGAUGAUAGGAUGGACGUCGAGCCCGUCGAGUUCGUCAUCCCGUCCUUCCACUUCCCGAAUCGCGUCCGCCCGGGGAACCCGCUCACGGUCAUCCCAGACGCCAACCGGGGCAUCCCCAGCGUGCCCAACAUCCCCGGCGAGUUCAGAGACGUUAAGAUCGUCGCCAGGGAGAGGGUUGAGAAUGUGGAUGAUGACAUUGACGUUGACGCUGACGCUGGCGGCGGCGGCGGCGGUCCUAGUGGUGGGACCCAGGCGGGUGCGUGGCACAGCCCGCAGGCGGUAUCGUGAAGACGUCGGGCGGGAACCUGGAAACGGCGGCCUGAAUGCCUAACCCUAUGCGUAACUUCUCGUUUGGCGCACCCGUCGUUGGGAAGCUCCGGGCUGGAAUUUGCGGUGCUUGGAUAGAUCUUCUGGUUUUGAUGCCGCGUCCUUCUGCAGUGUUUUCCGCAGGCCCGGUGGCGGAGAGGAGGGGCCCAUUCCCUUCUCCGCCGGUAUGGAGACAGAAAUACCCUGAACGCAUGUCUGGCUUUGUGCGACUCGGUUUGGAUCCGAGGUGUUUGACGGCAUGAGAGGAGUUGACCAGGAACGAGGCUAGAGAAGGCUGACUGGCCGACUAUUUCGGGCCUGUCGUCUUCAGAAAGAGGCCUGGGAUGGCCCCGGGCUUCUCUUUCUUUUCCUCCUUGCUUCUUCUCUUUGACGAAUGUAGACGACUAUGAUGAUGUAUAGAUAUAUGACUUUGCCAAUAGAAACAUAUCAAACCA